AUGUUGACCGCUACGCGGGUGAUCAGCCGAAAGGCUCUGGAGUGCUCCGGCCUCACUUCAGAUAUUUAUACACAGAGGAAUUUCUCAACAAUUCUUAAAAACACUGCAGCCCCCACAGUGCCCAUUUACCAGCGACAUGUACAGCUCAGAAACAAGUCUGAUGGUGUGCGUGGUGCUGUCAUCGGGAUUGACUUGGGCACAACCAACUCUUGCGUUGCCGUCAUGGAGGGCAAAACUCCCAAGGUGGUGGAGAACAGCGAAGGAUCCCGCACAACCCCCUCCCACGUUGCUUUCAGCAAGGAAGGCGAGCGUCUCGUCGGCAUGCCAGCUAAGCGCCAGGCCGUCACCAACAGCAGCAACACCUUCUAUGCUACCAAACGUUUGAUCGGAAGACGAUUCGAUGACCCUGAAGUACAGAAGGAUAUGAAGAAUCUCUCUUACAAAGUUGUCAGAGCGUCCAACGGAGAUGCUUGGGUUCAAGGCAGCGACGGCAAAGUAUAUUCUCCAUCACAAAUCGGAGCCUUCGUCUUGGUGAAGAUGAAGGAGACAGCCGAGGCGUACCUCAACGUGUCUGUGAAGAACGCCGUCAUCACCGUGCCGGCUUACUUCAACGACUCGCAAAGACAGGCCACCAAGGAUGCCGGUCAAAUAUCGGGUUUGAACGUGCUGCGUGUGAUCAACGAGCCCACAGCCGCCGCCCUCGCCUACGGCAUGGACAAGACUGAUGACAAGAUUAUUGCCGUAUACGACUUGGGUGGCGGUACCUUCGAUAUCUCGGUUCUGGAGAUCCAGAAGGGAGUAUUCGAAGUCAAGAGUACCAACGGAGACACGCUGCUCGGAGGAGAGGACUUUGACAAUGUCAUUGUCAAUUUCCUCGUUGAUGAGUUUAAACGCGAUCAAGGUAUCGACAUCCGCAAGGACGCAAUGGCCAUGCAGCGUCUGAAGGAAGCUGCAGAGAAGGCCAAGAUUGAACUGUCAGGUUCCCUACAGACCGACAUCAAUCUGCCGUACUUAACCAUGGACGCGUCGGGACCCAAACACAUGAAUCUUAAGAUGACCCGUUCGAAGUUGGAGUCGCUAGUGGGUGACCUGAUCAAGCGCACGGUGGCUCCUUGCCAGCGAGCCCUGCAGGACGCUGAGGUACAGCGCUCUGACAUCGGGGAGGUUCUACUCGUUGGUGGAAUGACCAGAAUGCCUAAGGUGCAGCAGACGGUGCAGGAGAUCUUCGGUCGCGCGCCGUCCCGCGCCGUGAACCCUGACGAGGCCGUGGCCGUGGGCGCCGCCGUGCAGGGCGGCGUGCUGGCCGGUGACGUCACCGACAUCCUGCUGCUCGACGUCACGCCGCUGUCGCUCGGCAUCGAGACGCUCGGCGGCGUCUUCACCAAGCUCAUCACGCGCAACACCACCAUACCCACCAAGAAGAGCCAGGUCUUCUCCACCGCUGCCGACGGCCAGACUCAAGUCGAAAUCAAAGUCCACCAAGGCGAACGUGAAAUGGCUACCGACAACAAAUUGCUGGGACAGUUCUCACUUGUGGGCAUCCCGCCCGCUCCCCGCGGCGUUCCCCAGAUUGAAGUGACCUUCGACAUCGACGCUAACGGCAUCGUGCACGUCUCCGCUCGGGACAAGGGUACUGGCAAGGAACAGCAGAUUGUAAUCCAGUCGUCGGGCGGUCUGUCGAAGGACGAGAUAGAGAACAUGGUGAAGGCAGCGGAGCAGUUCGCGGCCACGGACAAGCAGCGGCGCGAGCGCGUGGAGGUGUGCAACCAGGCCGAGGGCGUGCUGCACGACACCGAGACCAAGAUGGACGAGUACAAGAGCCAGCUGCCGCAGGAGGAGUGUGAUAAACUCCGCGGCGAGAUUGUGAAACUCCGCGACCUCCUCGCUAAGAAGGACGACACAGAUCCCGAGGAGAUCCGCACCGCCACUGGACAGCUGCAGCAAGCUAGCCUCAAGCUCUUCGAGCAGGCCUACAAGAAGGAACACUCAGGCUCAGAACAACAAUUUGUCGAUCACACAGUGUGUGACGGAACCCACAAGACUGCACUGCCGCUUAAACUAUUACUGGACCCCCCUGUUACCCCAUCUGUGCAAUCAAAUCUGAUGGCGGCCGAACGUGAAGGCGGAGCGCAACAGCAGCAAUCCACCGAACAAACACAAGAGAAGAAGGAAGAGAAGAAUUAA